CUAGUGAAGAUGGUGGCACGCGCGGCGUGUGGCUCCCGUCGUCUGCCCAAGUCUCAGCUCAGCGCUCCGGCCGGCGUCUCGCUGGUCUGGAGCCCCAGUCCGCCGGGCCCCUGACCCCGCGCCCCUCGCGCCCGACUCCCGGUAUGCCCCGCGCCCGAAAGGGCAGCGCGCCCCGCAAGGGCGGCCAGCGCCGCAGAGGCGGUGCUCGGAGCAGUGCCCAAGCUGACUCAGGUUCCAGUGAGGAUGAGGCAGCCAGUGAGGCCCGCAGCACCACCAGUGAUUGCCCCAGCCUUCUUAGCACCGCGGCAGAGGACAGCCUUGGGGGGGAUGCUGUGGACGAGCAGGGCCAGCAGGAGGACCUUGAGGAGAAGCUGAAGGAGUAUGUGGACUGCCUUACAGAUAAGAGUGCUAAGACCCGGCAAGGUGCUCUUGAGAACUUGCGUCUGGCCCUGGCGUCCCGCCUACUCCCUGACUUCUUGCUGGAACGUAGCCUUACACUGGCCGAUGCCUUGGAAAAGUGCCUCAAGAAAGGAAGGGGCGAGGAACAGGCCCUGGCUGCCGCCGUGCUAGGCCUGCUCUGCGUGCAGCUGGGUCCUGGACCCAAGAGUGAGGAGCUGUUCCAUGGCCUGCAGCCCCUCCUGGUCUCCGUGCUUAGCGAUGGCACAGCCAGCCCUUCUGCCCGGCUCCAUUGCGCUUCUGCUCUGGGCUUGGGCUGCUACGUGGCUGCCGCUGACGUCCAGGACCUGGUCUCUUGCCUCACCUGCUUGGAAGGUGUUUUUAGCCGAUCCUGUGGUGCGGGUGGAUCCCCAGCCCCUGCCAGCCUGCAUGGCCUGUUCUGUGCUACCCUGCAAGCCUGGGCAUUGCUACUCACCAUCUGCCCUAGCACCCACCUCAGCCACAUCCUUGACAGGCAGCUGCCACGGCUACUCCAGCUCUUGUCCAGUGAAACUGUGAACCUGAGAAUUGCUGCCGGCGAGACCAUCGCGCUGCUUUUUGAGCUCGCCCGGGACCUUGAGGAGGACUUGAUUUACGAGGACAUGGAUGCCCUCUUCAGUGCCCUGCGUACUCUGGCCACUGACAGCAACAAGCACCGUGCCAAAGCUGACCGCCGGCGCCAGCGCUCUACGUUCCGUGCGGUGCUGCACUUUGUCGAGGGUGGCGAGUGUGAGGAAGAGACUGUGCGCUUCGGCCUCGAGGUGCUCUACGUGGACAGCUGGGCUCGGCGCCGAAUCUACGCUGCGUUCAAGGCUGUGCUGGGUUCGGGCAUGCACCACCACCUCCAGAACAACGAGCUGCUCCGUGAUAUCUUCGGCUUGGGCCCUGUGCUGGUGCUGGAUGCCACAGCCCUGAAGGCCUGCAAGAUCUCACGAUUUGAGAAGCACCUGUGCAAUGCCGCUGCCUUCAAAGCGCGGACCAAGGCGCGCAGCCGCGUGCGGGAUAAGCGGGCAGACAUCCUGUGAGGCAGGACCAGCAGAGAGGAGCUUGUCCACACCCUUGCCCGUAUUUUUAACAGAAGACAGUGCACCAACUGGUCUCUGCCAGAAAUUGUCGCUUUAUUUUUUUAAUGACUAAACCAAAAACAGACAUGGGGGUGGGUGGCUGGAGGCCAGGUCUCUUGGGAUCCUGGUUCUGUGCCCCUGCUCUCAGCCUUGUGGCCUCUUUCUGCCCUGUCCCAGGUCAGGCCAGAUGUGUCCCUGUCCCAGAGCUGUGAGGCAGGCAGGAGGAGGGCGUGCUCUCCUGGGAUGAACCACUUUCUUAAGGGUGGGGAUGGCAUCUGGACUAAUGUCACCACAACAGGUGGGGAGGUGAGGCUACAUGGAAUGGAUUUAUGUGCUGAUUUUUAAAGAUUAUUAGAUAUAAUUAAACUGAAUGCUCAGCCUC